UUUUAAACAAUAGGCUAAUUGUAUUUUUCGCUCACUGGGCAUAACAAAGGAGACGGGUGACAUUUGUCAUUAGCAGGAUCUAUGUUAAAUUAGGACCCUCUCCCCGUUUUCUCGCUGCGGUCAUGUGACCCGACAGCAUCGCUCCUCUCCGCCCGCAAACAGCUGUGAGCGAGACAGUGUGCAGCAGGGCUCUUCAGAAACAUACAGCACACGAGCGGGACAAUAUGGGAGUGGAGAUCGAGACCAUAACCCCCGGAGAUGGGAGGACUUUCCCCAAAAAAGGACAGACAUGUGUGGUGCAUUAUGUUGGCUCUCUGACAGAUGGACGGAAGUUUGACUCUUCCCGUGACCGUGACAAGCCAUUUAAGUUCAAGAUUGGUAAACAGGAAGUGAUCCGUGGCUGGGAGGAAGGUAUUGCGCAGAUGAGUGUGGGCCAACGUGCAAAGCUGACCUGUUCACCUGAUUUUGCCUACGGUAAUAAAGGCCAUCCUGGGAUUAUUCCCCCAAAUGCGACCCUCAUCUUCGAUGUGGAGCUUCUCAGUUUGGAGUGAUUUAAUGCAUUAACAAUGCCUUUUGUUAAUUUUUUGAUUACAUUAUUAAUGUUUCAAGUGUCAAAAGGUUUAGUCUUAACAUUAGAACCUUGAUUAAAUCAAUUUUCUCUUUAUGUCAGGCCA